AUGUCACUUAUGGAAGGAUAUCUUCAAAAUGGUCAUACAUUAUAUACCGAUAAGUGGUAUACCAGUAUUGAUCUUGGACGCAAAUUGUUGGACAAAGAAACGCAUCUUGUGGGCACUUUACGUAAAACUAGAAAAUAUUUGCCUAAAGAUGUUAUAAACGGAAAGAUAAAAAAAGGAGAGUUUAGAGCUAAAGAAAAUGAAGAUGCACAAUGUGAUGCGGGUCUGUUUCGUAACCACUGGAUGCUUGGGGACAGCGCUUACCCAAACAGGCCAUAUUUGUUAACACCUAUUAUAAAUCCUGCUACUGAAGCUGAACAGCGCUAUAAUGAAGCACACAUAAAAACUAGAAAUGUUAUUGAAAGGAACCACAAUUUAGAGGAAGUUCCUACAGAAGUGGAGCUGCCAACAGCGGAAAUUAAUGAUGAAGUGUACUAUACGGGAGUUCAAGAUGUUAGUGAAAGAGCAGCCCUUAUAAAUAAUUAUUUUAGAUAA